CUGCUUUUUCUCUAAGGGGCUGUAACAGUCCCAUCAUUCCUCCAGAAAAAUCAGAAAAUAAUGCAAGGUAGUUUAUACUUAACUUCUACCCACCAGCACACACAGACCAGGCCUCUAACCACUCCCUGGGAGCCUGCGUGCCAGCAGCCUGGAACCCAGAGCCUCUUGCGGAGCCUGCACAAUGAAUCCCGACUGAAGCCGAUGUCUUCUAGAGAGACGGAAGCGCAAUACUACCAGGGCGCUGCAGAAUUUUGAGAGGCCUGAAUGCCUCCGCGUCCGCGUCCGCGUCCGCCAGGGGACCGCUGGGACUAAUUCUCUUGGCAAACUUGUGGCCAGCCAAACCUACCAUGCUUCACAUCCCUGUUAUCCUUGGUUACCGCCCAAGAUUGGCUUAUAGAAGAGAUGAAAUGUGGUCUGAGGGACGAUAUGACUAUGAACGACUUCCAAGAGAACGAGUACCUCCUAGAAGUCACCCCAGUGAUGGCUACCAUAGAGUAGUUAAUAUUGUGCCAAAGAAACCACCACUGCUAGACAGACCUGGUGAAGGAAGCUACAAUAGAUAUGACAGUCAUGUUGAUUACCGAGAAUAUGACGAGGGCCGCAGUUUUUCUCAUGAUCGAAGAAGUGGUCCACCUCACAGAGGAGAUGAAUCUGGUUAUAGAUGGGCAAGAGAUGAUCAUUCUGCAAGCCGGCAGCCUGAAUACAGGGACAUGAGAGAUGGCUUUAGAAGAAAAAGCUUCCACUCUUCUUCCCAUUAUGUGAGAGACCGGUCUCCUCAUAAAAGGGAUAAUCCGCUUUUCAGAGAAUCGCCUGUAGGCCGAAAGGAUUCUCCACACAGCAGAUCUGGCUCCAGUGUCAGUAGUAGAAGCUACUCUCCAGAAAGAAGCAAAGCAUACUCUUUCCAUCAGUCUCAAUAUAGAAAGUCCAUGCGUGCUGGUGCUUCCUACAAAUGGCAGAAUAAAAGAAAGCCAGGAACAGAUAAAGAGAGGCCUGUACAGUCUUUGAAAACAUCAAGAGAUACUUCACCCUCAAGUUCUACAGCAGUUCCAUCAUCAAAGGUGUUAGACAAACCCAGUAGGCUAACCGUAAAAGAACUUGCUGAGGCUGCAAGGAAGUGGGCUGCUGAAAAGCUAGAGAAGACAGAUGAAAGUAACUUGCCUGAAAUUUCUGAGUAUGAGGCGGGAUCCACAGCACCAUUGUACAUUGACCAGCCAGAAGAACCUGAGUCAAAUGCAGCAGAUGGCAUAGAGUUAUUUGAAGACAGUCAGCUAACCAGUCGCUCUAAAGCAAUAGCAUCAAAAACCAAAGAGAUUGAACAGAUUUUAAAAAUCAGUCUCAGAAGAACCAAAGAAGGCUUCACUGUGGAAGUAACAUUUGAUCAGUCCCCUAAAAUACAGGUUUACCGACAAGACUGUGAAACUUUCGGGAUGGUGGUGAAAAUGCUGAUUGAAAAAGAUCCUUCAUUAGAAAAGUCUAUACAGUUUGCAUUGAGGCAGAAUUUACAUGAAAUAGGCGAGCGGUGUGUUGAAGAACUCAAGCAUUUUAUUGCAGAGUAUGAUACUUCUACUCAAGAUUUUGGAGAGCCUUUUUAGAUUUCUUGCUCAGGCAAAAAAAAAAGUUUCUAGAUUCCCCCUCCCCCCGGAUUGCGUAAAUCCUUAAUAUAUGGAAUUUUUGUGAUGAAGAGAAAUACUUUAUGAUAGUUGACCACACUUCCAAUAUCAAAUAAACAUUUAAAAUAGUCUGUUUAAAAUAUUUUAAUUAGAUUUUUUUUUCUACAUGUAAAGCCUCCUAAUUCAUAUGCAUCUUCCCCUCCCCUACCCCCUCAAAUGAUGGGUCAAUUAAUUUUUCAAGCUUUCAAAAAGCAAUCCUGAAGAACAGCUUUCUGUGCCUACUCAUGUUCUGUAGUCUUCCAAGUAUAUAAUCAUUUGUUUGGUCACAGGAGUGUAAUUUACAGGCUAGAGAUCAUUCCACUUAAACAUUAGUAGUCUUUUUGCAUUUCAUAGUGAAUGGUACCAUGUGAAAAUGUUAGAAUUCUGAGUUGUAAUUUUAUUGACUUGUUGCUUGCUUUUCUUAGGCUUUGUGACUUUUAAUAUGUUAAAGUAUACUAUCAUAAUAAACCGAAUACUUUGGUAUCAUAGAGAAUAUUUGCUUUGAGAAUAAGUUACAUUCAGUGAUAACAGAGAGCACUUAAAUCUCUGAGAGACACCUCAGAAUAAAAUCCUUUUUUCUAAGUAAAUGAACUAAAUGUCAUCCAUUAAUCCUGAAACUUUUGACUCUUUCAUUGAUGUAUGAGCCUUAAGCAAUAUCAUUUAUAAGACUGGUAAAAGGGACAAUUUGGGAUGACAGAUUAGGAAUAUUUUAAAGUUGAGAUUUCUCAAAAAAUUUCUGAUCAAAAGAGGAAAAAUUUAGAAUGUUUUAUUUUUUCAUAGGCCCAGUAGUGGAGUCGAGUUUUUUUUUUUUUUUUUUUUUUUAAUAUACCUGUAUCCCUCACCUCAAGAAAGGUGAUUGAUAACAUGUCCAUGAUUACACUAUUUACAGAUUAUUCUCUUGUUAAGCUCUGUAAUCUAGUGAGUUCUUUGUUCUCCUGCCUUUUAGAGGUCCUUAGCCUUUCAAAAGUGUUCUUGAAAGAAACAAAGCAAAUAGGUACUGAUAGUAAGCCCAACAUAGCUACCGCUUACCAAGCAGCCUAUGUGAACAGUUCUUCAUGAGUGAGCCAUCCAAAUCAUGGGUUAGUUAAGAAUCCAAGUGGGAUGAUUAGGAUGUUCCACUCAUUUCCUGAUCACUUCCAGCAGCCCCAUGGCAUUGAGCCAAAAUAUACAAUUUUCCCGUAUUAGUUCGUGAGGAAACCUUAAAAAUCAUGUUUGUUAUUACUACCCAAUUUCAUUAUACUCCCAUCCUCUUUUGGUUUCUACUCUCUUCUUACUCAAAUUCUGGCAUUAUUUUUAGUGGCCUCUACUGAUAAUAUCUAAAGAACUACCCCAAAGCACAUAAAAAUUAUAUUAAAAUUGGAAAUAGCAGUAUGAAUAAUGUUAACAGAUCCUCUAUUGGGUGCCUCAAAGUACGUAUUAUGCUAUUCCACAGAUUUAAAAACUAAUUGAGGGCAACAAUUAUUUAUUUUUUAAUUUCCUAAAUGAGAUCACCUUGAAGUUUUAUUUUUGUCAUUUAGAUGUUAACUUUAUCUAACUUUAAGCCAAACUAAAUCCCACAUAUCAACUCUGGUAUUUUUCCUUAAUAGUAGUGAUUUUAUUCAGUUACCCACUUUAGAUAGACUAAGAAAAGUACUGAUCUUGUUUUUCCUCUUUUCCCACCAAUGGUUUUCUCUUUUUUUUAUUUGGUUAUUUUUUAUUUUUUUCUUUUUCUUUUAUAUUUGUUUUUUAUCAUGAGUACCGUUUUGGGAUUACCACCGAUGUUUUUCUUUUUCUUAAAUAUUCUAGCCCCAGGAUUCAUUUUCUUUAGUCAAGAUGUCACAAAUUUAAAAAUAAAACUUAAGAAACUACCAAAGGCAAAGGAGUUGUUCACUUUGUUGAAAUUCAUUAAGUUAGAGAAGUCUUACUAACAGAUGCAUUUAAAUGUAGGUUCAACAGAUAAUUUCUUCUUCUCCCCUUCCCCCAAAUUACAUUCAGCUUUAAAGCUGUUUAUAGCUUGCCAUCAGCAUUAUUCUGGUAGGCUUGUCAGUGUUAAAACUGUUUGUUUAGGGAUUUUUUUUUAAGCCCUUUAAAGUCUAAUUUUAGGAUAGAUUAAUUCAAAUGUGUACCAGAGUGUGUAUUUUACAAAAUGUUCUUGAUUAAAGAGAUUUGUUUGUAAAUUAUCCAUUGUUUUUUAUGCCCAAUUGAUGUGAUAAAAUUUUCAUUGUCUUACCAUAAAGCCUUGAUGAUCAACAAGGAGAAUGCAGAUAUUAUAAAGCUUUUUGUGAAUUUUAAAGUGCAAAAUAAAGCAACUACAUCUAA